UUUAAUUUAAUUUCUAUUCUUAAAUGGCGAUUCUAACUCCUCUUCUUCUCUGAAUGUAAUUCUCCGAAAGUGAACUUCAUCUCCAAGCUACAAAUAAAACCCUAAAUUUUGUCCAGGUUUCUUCAGAGAAUUAUCAGCUAUGUUAAAAGUAUUAUCUAAUUCGCAUUUACAUGGUCGAUUACGCAGCUUUUCAUCAAAUAUUUCAUCCCCAGUAGUACAAUCAAGAGUUCCUUCAUUUCGAUUCUUUGGUUAUUUAACUAAUUCAAAUGCAAGAAACUCUAGUUUCACUAGAAGAGCAUUUUUUUGUUCGGAUUCAAAUGAUGGUUCAAAACCUCCAGUUAUUGAAGAAGUUGAGGCGGAAAAGCUUACUGCUGAAUCUGAAAUUGCUACAAGUGAUGGGGUGGAGGAAGUUGAGUUAAGAUCAUCGUCAGCUAUGGUAUCGACGAAUCCCAGACCAGAAGAUUAUUUACAGGUUAUUGCGUUACCGUUGGCACAUAGACCAUUGUUUCCAGGUUUCUACAUGCCCAUCAAUGUGAAGGAUCCAAAACUAUUGUCAGCUUUAUCUGAAUGCCGUAAAAGGCAAGCGCCGUAUGCAGGUGCAUUUCUCAUUGAAGACGAGACAGGGGCGGAUCCUAGUCUUAUAUCUACUUCAGAAGCCGAAGUUGUACACGAGCUCAAAGGAAAAGAGUUGUACGACCGCCUACAUGAAGUUGGUACUUUGGCUCAGAUAACCAGGAUAGAGGGGGAGCAGGUGAUACUUGUUGGUCACCGACGUCUUCGGAUUACUGAAAUGGUAAGCGAAAAUCCUCUUGUGGUGAAAGUUGAUCAUCUCAAGGAUAAACCAUAUAACAAGGAUGAUGAUGUAAUAAAGGCAACAACUUCCGAAGUUAUAUCAACCCUGAAAGAUGUCUUGAAGACGAGCACCCUUUGGAGAGAUCAUGUUAAUACGUAUACACAGCAUAUUGGUGAUUUCAAUUGUCCAAGGUUGGCUGAUUUUGGAGCUGCUAUUUGUGGGGCUAACAAGAAUGAAUGUCAGCAAGUGCUUCAAGAAUUGGAUGUGAAGAAUCGUUUGAGAUUGACUUUGGAGUUAUUAAAGAAAGAAAUGGAAAUUAGCAAGUUACAGGCAUCAAUAGCAAAAAAUAUGGAAGAAAAAAUAAGUGCCGAGCAAAAGAAGUACUAUUUGAACGAGCAGCUUAAAGCAAUAAAGAAGGAGCUUGGUCUGGAGACUGAUGACAAAACAGCACUCUCUGCAAAAUUUAGGGAGAGACUUGUAGCGAACAAGGAAAAAUGCCCACCACAUGUUAUGCAAGUCAUUGAAGAAGAAUUUGCAAAGCUCCAGCUGUUAGAAGCCAGUUCAAGUGAGUUUAAUGUGACUCGUAAUUAUCUCGACUGGCUCACUGCAUUGCCUUGGGGAAACUACAGUGAUGAGAACUUCGAUGUGCAUCAUGCUAACACUAUACUAGAUGAAGAUCAUUACGGUUUAAGUGAUGUGAAGGAGAGGAUACUGGAGUUCAUAGCUGUUGGGAAGCUUAGAGGAAGCUCACAAGGGAAAAUCAUUUGCCUUUCUGGACCACCCGGAGUGGGUAAAACUAGUAUUGGUCACUCAAUUGCACGAGCUUUAAAUAGAAAAUUCUAUCGAUUUUCUGUUGGAGGAUUGGCUGAUGUUGCUGAAAUUAAGGGGCAUCGUCGAACCUAUAUUGGUGCUAUGCCAGGAAAGAUGGUGCAAUGCCUGAAAAGUGUUGGGACAGCAAACCCUCUUGUUCUAAUUGAUGAAAUAGACAAGUUGGGAAAGGGUCAUGGUGGUGAUCCAGCAAGUGCAUUGUUAGAGCUUCUUGAUCCUGAGCAAAACACAAAUUUUUUGGACCACUACCUUGAUGUUCCAAUUGAUUUGUCAAAGGUCCUGUUCGUUUGCACGGCAAAUGUUAUUGAGACGAUACCAAACCCUCUCCUGGACCGAAUGGAAGUCAUUUCCAUUGCUGGCUAUAUAACUGAUGAAAAGAUGCACAUCGCAAGGGAUUAUUUGGAGAAGACAACUCGCGAAGCUUGUGGUAUCAAGCCCGAGCAGGUUGAAGUGACAGAUGCAGCUCUUCUAGCGCUGAUUGAAAACUAUUGUCGGGAAUCAGGAGUUCGGAAUCUGCAGAAACAAAUUGAGAAGAUUUACCGCAAGAUAGCUUUAAAACUUGUCAGGCAAGGCUUAGUGCAAGAUGAACCAUCUCCAAUUGUUGAUAAUGUUGUCACUAUUCCUGAGGAAUCCUACAAGAGAAGUGAAAGUACAGGGAUAGUGGUUGAUGAAAAUCUCAAAGUUGAUGGCGAAGCAGAAGACUCCACAAAUAAAGAAGCUAGUAAAAUGCCUGAACCUGAGGUACAGAUCAGUCACACAUGUGCUGGUAAUCAAGAUCUUGUUUCACAGGACAAUACAGAAUCGAAGGAAGUUCAAGAAACUCUGGCAAGUAAAAAUAUAGCCAAAGUGAUUAUCGAUGAGUCCAACCUGUCCGAUUUUGUUGGCAAACCUGUUUUCCAUGCUGAGCGUAUUUAUGAUAUAACACCAGUUGGAGUUGUGAUGGGACUUGCAUGGACUGCAAUGGGUGGUUCAACUCUGUAUAUAGAAACCACCUUAGAGGAACAAGGAGACGGGAAGGGAGCACUCCAUCUCACUGGGCAGCUUGGAGAAGUUAUGAAGGAGAGUGCCCAGAUAGCGCAUACCGUAGCCAGAGCCUUAUUCCUUGUAAAGGAACCUGAUAACCCUUUCUUCGCCAAUACCAAGCUUCACCUCCAUGUGCCAGCAGGGGCUACCCCAAAGGAUGGUCCAAGUGCUGGCUGCACCAUGAUCACAUCCAUGCUGUCGCUUGCCAUGAAGAAGCAUGUAAAGAAGGACCUAGCAAUGACUGGAGAAGUAACUUUAACAGGAAAGAUUCUUCCUAUUGGGGGGGUAAAGGAGAAGACAAUUGCAGCAAAAAGAAGCGGUGUGAAGACUGUGUUAUUCCCUUCUGCUAACAAAAGGGAUUAUGACGAGCUUGCAGAGAAUGUAAAAGAAGGUCUUAGUGUGCACUUUGUGGAUGAUUACAGUCAGAUAUUUGACAUAGCUUUCAGUGAUGAUGAGAUCACAGAAAAAUGAGUUCUGCAUACUUCAUUGAUUUUACUUCCAUACUUGCAUACACCAACUUUCAACAAACUCGAACUGGUGUAGUUUGUAGGUUCAAGUCCUUCAUUCUUUGGAGCUUCUCGUGACUAUUUCAGUUUGACAAAGAAAAAUGCGAGUGUAUCAAAUUGCGCUGGGUUAAUUGACUGCUGCUAUUAUUAUUUGUUUCCAAUGUAAAAAUGAGUGCUCAGCCAAAUGUAUUAGUUAUAAUCUCCGGCAGCUUAUCAGAAAUCAUAAUCUUAUUAGGCAGUGUUGGAGUUCUCUUUUUCUUCUGAUGGAUGAGUUGAAAUACAGAGGUCUUUUGUUAAGUCUCAACAAAGUGUCGGUGAAAGUUGAAUCAUUUUCCCUUUUUUAUGUUCAAGGUCUUGGCAGUUUCACUCAUGUUUUCUUUUCUUGAACGUCUGAACUUAUACGAGUUAGAUAACAUCAUCUUUCUUUGA